GCGGCUUUAAAGGGGCAGCUGCAGCCCGCGGCCGCCGCACGUGAGGCCGGUGCGCUCCCGCCGACCGCAGCCCCGAGCGCCGAGCGGCGGCCGGAGCCGCCGGGGCUGGGCGGGCCGAGCGCAGCGGCUGCCAGCCCGCCUCACGCCAAGUUUGAUCGAUAACCCCCUCCCGGCCCGGGCGGAGCAGCCUCGGCGGCUCCGCUACCCACCAUCUUUGGGGGAAGUCCCUGCGCUGGGGGGGCUGCUGGAGACGGGGGAGAAAGGCAAUCUCGCAGCCAAUGAGCCCUGCUAGACUGGGGUGAAGACGAGAGCAGAGGGAUUUGGGGAAGGAAAGAAUAAAAAAAAGAGACGAAAGGAGGGGGACCAUCCUCCCCACCACCUCCGCCAGCAUCGCCACCACCGUUGACACCGCUCCGAGUCUCCAGUUGUGCCCAUGCCUGUGCCGCCAGUCUCGAUUUAGGGGCUGAACCGCAGGGGCUGAAGAAGAUGGGGCAGAGCGCGCCCCGGACCCUCGUGCUGCUGCUGGCGGGGCUGCUGGGGGAGGCUCUGGCGGGGUUCCCCAACACCAUCAGUAUAGGUGGACUUUUCAUGAGGAACACUGUUCAGGAGCACAGUGCAUUUCGAUUUGCUGUGCAGCUGUACAACACAAACCAAAAUACCACAGAAAAGCCCUUCCAUUUGAACUAUCACGUAGAUCACCUGGACUCUUCCAACAGUUUUUCAGUGACAAAUGCUUUCUGUUCACAGUUUUCCAGGGGAGUUUAUGCCAUCUUUGGGUUCUAUGACCAGAUGUCAAUGAACACCCUGACGUCGUUCUGUGGGGCCCUGCACACGUCCUUCAUCACCCCGAGCUUCCCCACAGAUGCAGACGUGCAGUUCGUCAUCCAGAUGCGGCCAGCUUUGAAAGGAGCCAUCCUCAGUCUCCUGACUUACUAUAAGUGGGAAAAGUUUGUGUACCUCUAUGACACAGAACGGGGAUUUUCCAUUCUUCAGGCAAUUAUGGAAGCAGCAGUACAGAACAACUGGCAAGUGACAGCCAGAUCUGUAGGAAGCAUAAAAGAUGUCCAAGAGUUCAGAAGAAUUAUAGAGGAGAUGGACAGACGGCAAGAAAAAAGAUACCUAAUUGACUGUGAAGUAGACAGAAUCAACACCAUUUUGGAACAGGUUGUAAUCCUCGGCAAACAUUCUAGAGGCUAUCACUACAUGUUAGCUAACCUGGGUUUCACAGACAUUGUUCUGGAGAGAGUAAUGCAUGGAGGUGCCAACAUUACUGGAUUCCAGAUUGUUAAUAAUGAAAACCCAAUGGUUCAGCAGUUUCUACAGCGCUGGAUGAGGCUUGAUGAAAGGGAAUUCCCUGAAGCCAAAAACUCACCAUUAAAGUACACGUCUGCCCUGACCCACGAUGCAGUCCUGGUGAUAGCAGAGGCUUUCCGGUACCUCCGAAGGCAGCGCGUGGAUGUCUCCAGGAGAGGCAGUGCUGGAGACUGCCUGGCUAACCCUGCUGUGCCAUGGAGCCAAGGAAUCGAUAUAGAGAGGGCACUGAAAAUGGUACAAGUUCAAGGAAUGACAGGGAACAUCCAGUUCGACACCUAUGGGCGGAGAACAAAUUACACAAUUGACGUGUAUGAAAUGAAGGCUGGUGGGUCACGGAAGGCUGGUUAUUGGAAUGAAUAUGAAAGAUAUGUGCCAGCAUUAGAUCAGCUGCCCUCUAAUGACACUUCAUCUGUGGAGAACAGAACUAUAGUAGUGACUACCAUCUUGGAAUCACCAUAUGUAAUGUAUAAGAAAAACCAUGAACAACUAGAAGGGAAUGAGAGAUAUGAAGGAUAUUGUGUAGACUUAGCUUCUGAAAUAGCAAAACAUGUUGGAAUAAAAUACAAACUGUCAAUUGUUGGAGAUGGGAAAUAUGGAGCUAGGGACCCUGAGACUAAGAUAUGGAAUGGCAUGGUGGGUGAACUGGUCUAUGGGAGAGCAGAUAUAGCUGUUGCCCCCCUCACCAUAACAUUGGUGCGAGAAGAAGUCAUAGACUUUUCCAAACCCUUUAUGAGCCUGGGCAUCUCCAUCAUGAUCAAGAAGCCUCAGAAAUCUAAACCAGGCGUGUUCUCUUUCCUGGAUCCCUUGGCUUAUGAGAUUUGGAUGUGUAUAGUCUUUGCUUACAUUGGCGUCAGCGUAGUUCUUUUCCUAGUCAGCAGAUUCAGCCCCUAUGAGUGGCACUUGGAAGACAACACUGAAGAACCACGUGACCCUCAGAAUCCUCCUGACCCUCCAAAUGAGUUUGGAAUAUUUAACAGCCUUUGGUUUUCCCUGGGUGCCUUUAUGCAGCAAGGAUGCGAUAUUUCUCCAAGAUCUCUCUCAGGGCGAAUUGUCGGAGGAGUCUGGUGGUUCUUCACUCUCAUCAUCAUCUCCUCCUACACUGCUAAUCUCGCUGCCUUCCUGACGGUGGAGAGGAUGGUUUCACCCAUAGAGAGUGCAGAGGACCUGGCUAAACAAACUGAAAUUGCCUAUGGCACUUUGGAUUCAGGCUCAACCAAAGAAUUCUUCAGAAGGUCAAAGAUAGCUGUGUAUGAGAAGAUGUGGUCGUACAUGAAGUCGGCGGAGCCCUCGGUGUUCACCAAGACGACGGCGGACGGGGUGGCGCGGGUGCGCAAGUCCAAGGGGAAGUUUGCCUUCCUGCUGGAGUCCACCAUGAACGAGUACAUCGAGCAGCGCAAGCCCUGCGACACCAUGAAAGUGGGAGGCAACCUGGAUUCCAAGGGCUAUGGUGUAGCAACCCCCAAAGGCUCAGCAUUAAGAAAUGCUGUUAACCUGGCAGUAUUAAAACUGAAUGAGCAAGGCCUCUUGGACAAAUUGAAAAACAAAUGGUGGUACGACAAAGGAGAGUGCGGCAGCGGGGGAGGUGACUCCAAGGACAAGACGAGCGCUCUGAGCCUGAGCAAUGUUGCUGGCGUGUUCUAUAUCCUUGUGGGAGGCCUGGGGCUGGCCAUGAUGGUGGCACUGAUCGAGUUCUGCUACAAGUCCCGGGCCGAGUCCAAGCGAAUGAAACUCACCAAGAACACGCAGAACUUCAAACCUGCCCCUGCCACCAACACGCAGAAUUACGCUACCUACAGAGAAGGCUACAACGUGUACGGCACAGAAAGUGUGAAAAUCUAGGGAUCUUCACCCUGACAGCAUGCAAGACAAAAAGCAGCAGAGAAUGUGGCUACUUCAUGGAUUUGGACCAUCUGAGCCAGUUGUACUCUCUCCGAGGUGUCACGCAUGACACGCAUUGAUGAUGGUGCAAUGUACUUUUAAUAGGAAAAACUGGUAUUUUUUCCUUCAGUGCCUUAUGGAAGACUCUGAGACUCACAACAAUGCAAACCAUCACCGAAAUAUUCUUGCUUUGCUUCGAAGAAGUAAUAGAAAAAGAAGAGAGGAAAAGAAAAAGAAAAAAAUAAAGAGAAAAAAGAAAAAGAAAAAAAAUACAAAAGAAAAAAACCCAAACGAAAGGGAAAAAGAAAAGGACUGGUAACAAGAUAUUGGUAUGUGAAAAAAAAGAAAAAUAUCUUGUAAAAAAGAUCAGUGCAACAAAAGCCAUUCUUUGAUACCACUGCACAGUAACUGAACUUGUGUCCUGAAAGCAGCCACAGCUGGUUCCAUCAGCCACCCCAGUCGAAUGAAAUUCUGAAACUCCUCUGACACAGAGCUCAGAAAUCUGCUGUGUGCAAACGCGGACUGGCCUGCCACUGCUCCUGUGAGCUGAUGUCAAGAUGUUUCAGUAUUUACUUACAGUGGUGUGAUUUUAUUUUUGUUCUGAGCCAUUCUAACCUCUCCAGCCAAUUUGAGCAAUUCUGUAUAGCAGCAAAAGGUGUAACACCUGAAGGAAAGAAUCCGUGCGUUCAAACCAGUUAAGGUCAAUGACUGUGAAUCUGUAAAUGCAAAAGAAAGUAAUUUGUCGAACUGCAUGUCUUGCUUUCAGAUCAAUAAAUUAAUUUCUUGACAUGGUAGCUAAAGUGCGGGCAGAAAAUAUUGCAUUCCUUCUUUUUGUUCUAUCAUCAGGCAUACCUACAGGUGCUUUAUUAAAAUGACAUUGUGUGGCUUUUAAAAGUUAAAAAAAAAAAGGAAAAGCCACUUGCUGUUUAAGUUCAGACCAUAUAUCUCAUUUCUUGCUAUGCAUUUGCAGUUUAAUUCACUGUUUAAUAUCAAGCAAUGAAGCAAGGGAAGGGCAGGUUAGUUUUUCCCAGGCCUGCUUCUGCUUCUCCCCAGUUCUGUCCCCCCCAGCUCCGUGCUCAGCUGAGGGUCUCAGUGCAGGUCUCUGUAGGACAGGGGCAGGGAAGGAGGGUGCUCACUGCAGCUCAGGAACAGCGAGUGAGGCACUGCUGGCUCUGUCCUGUCAGCCCCUGCCAGCUCCUGCCCCUCCGGGGGGAGCUCCUGCUACCCACAGCACCGUCUCACACAGCAGCAGCAUUUCAGCCUCUGCCUGGAAAAUACUUACCUUCAUCUCUGAAAAUAAAAAAAAAUUUAAAAAAGGAAAAAAAAAAAAAAAGAAAAA